AUGUCUGACAGUGUGGGUAUGUAACUCAAUUAAAUCAAUAAAUUGAUAGUUUACUAACUUGCCCAGAUCGUGUUUUUGUCAAAGCUAUAUCCACUAUUCGUGCUUUAUCGUCAAGAUCAAAUUACGGUUCUUUGCCAAGGCCACCUGCGGAAAAUAGAAUAAAAUUAUAUGGUUUAUAUAAACAAGCUACUGAAGGAAAUGUAGAUGGUAUAAUGCCUAGACCUGUUGGCUUUACUCCUGAAGAUGAGGGUGCUAAAAAAAAAUGGGAUGCUUGGAAAAGAGAAGAAGGUUUAAGUAAAAUUGAAGCAAAAAGGAAAUAUAUUUCAUAUUUAAUUGAAACAAUGAGAGUUUACGCUAGUGGAACAUUAGAAGCUAGAGAAUUAUUAAAUGAAUUAGAAUAUUUAUGGGAUCAAAUUAAAGAUAUACCAAUAUUAGAAGAAGAAGAAGAUCAUGAUAUUCCAUUACCUUCAAGAUCUCCACUGUUUAGUCAAUAUGAUAGAUUUUCAAAUAAAACUCCAAGUAUAUCAGGUAGAUCCAAUUUACAGAGAAUUUAUUCCCAUUCAAGAAAAUUAUCGUUAAAUGAAUAUGUUCAACAACAAAGACAACAACACCAACAACAAAAUGAUACCCAAUCAGGAAUUGGACCUACUGCUGGUGGUGGUCCAGGUUCUUUAUAUUCUUUACCAGGAGCAAAUAAUAAUAAGAAUACAACAAUAAUUGAAGAUUUCAAAAAUUGGCAAAAUGAAGUAAAUUUAAUAAUAAAUAAACUAACAAGAGAAUUUGUUAAUAGUAGAAGAGAAGCUCAAGAACAACCAAAUCCAGAAGAUGAUGGACUUGAAGAUUAUGAAAUUAUGAAAAGGAAAAUUAUUCAUAUUUUAAAAGUUAUUGGAUGGAAUUCAUUAAAAUUUUUGAAAAACUUUUCAGUUAGUUUAUUUACAAUAUUAUUUAUUGUUUGGUGUGUUAAAAAGAAUGUAAUUGUUAAAAGUACUAUAAUUAAAGAACCAACAGCAUUAAAAGGUAAACAAAAGAAAGAAUUAGUAAUUAAUAUGGUAAUGAGUACUGAUGAGAAUAAAUGGUUUAUUAGAUUAUUAAAUUUUAUAAAUAGUUUUGUAGGCUUUGUUUAA